GUAAUUUAUAGCAUAAUAUUUAUGACGAGAAUUUUUGCACGUUUGAGGAAAUUAAAUGGCUGUUUUUUUCAACGUGUUAUUCAAUCGUCAGUGAAUAUGGAUUCCUCAAUCAUUAAAAUAGAAGAAGGACGAAUUCAAGGGACACGAAAGACAGACUUAGAUGGAAACCCAUUUCAUGCCUUUUUGGGAAUACCAUAUGCAAAACCACCCCUUGGUCAAUUAAGAUUUAAGGCUCCAGAACCGAUUGAACCUUGGAAUGAUGUAAAAGAUGCAACUAAAGAAGGAAAUCCCUGUUACCAUCAAGACUUUCUCACUAAAAAAGUGUUUGGUUCAGAAGAUUGCUUAAAUUUACAUGUUUACACCAAAACCCUGCCUUCCGAAGAAAACAAAUUAAAACCCGUAAUGGUUUGGAUUUUCGGAGGAGGUUUCAGACAAGGCUCAAAUUCAAUCGACUUUUACGGGCCCGAUUAUUUGCUAACAGAGGACAUAGUUUUGGUCGUGCCCAAUUAUCGGCUAGGAUUUUUCGGUUUCUUAAGCUUCGACGAUACAUCUCUAGGCAUACACGGCAACGCCGGCAUCAAAGACCAGCGACUAGUUUUGGAGUGGGUCCAAAGAAAUAUAAAGCAUUUCAACGGGGAUCCGAACAAUGUGACGAUAUUCGGAGAGAGCGCCGGCAGUCUUAGCGUACAUUAUCACGUUCUAUCGCCCUCGUCGAAGGGGUUGUUCCAUAAAGCUAUAAUGCAAAGUGGCAGCGUGCUUAAUCCUUGGACUCGCCCCGGCGAUUUUGGACUCGAAUUCGCCAAGUCCGUUAAACCUGAUGUGGAAACCGAAGCAGAAGCUUUGGAUGCUCUACAAAAUCUGUCCACCGAAAAAUUGUUUGAAUAUCAAGAAAAAUUUAGCGAGAUGAAAGGCGGUGAAAAAAUAUUCGGCGCGAUAGUUGAGAAACCGAAUCCUACUGCUGUAUUAACGAAGGAACCAGGAGAACUACUAGCUUCUGGUGAAUACAACAAAGUACCUUUGAUCAUAGGCUAUUGCGAUAGGGAAGGGAUUCUUAUGCAAGUCUAUGCUAAUGCGAGAAAAGCAGCAGGUUUGCCCGCUUGGGAAAGGCAUCAACUGAAUCUUGAGCAUUUCGUCCAUCCGUGCAUGGGAUUGGAUGAAAACGAUCCGAUUAGAGAGACUAUUAUAAAAAAGUUGUCAGAUCUGUACUUUCAACCACCACUGGUCGAUGAUAAAUCAUUGCUGCCCACUGAUUACGAAUUUGUCGCUGGUAUCAUCGGAGCAGCGAAAUUGCACUCUAAAACUAACUCACAUCCUGUUUAUUUAUACAGAAUGUCCCUAGACGCCGGCUUAAAUAUGCUAAAACGACUUGCAAACAUAACUGUGAAAGGUGCUUGUCACGCUGAUGAUAUAGGUUACCUAUUUCAUGUAAAUGCCCCGGACCCUCCAAUGUGUAGGGGAGAUGUCGAAAUGACGGCCAUAAAACGUUUCGUGAAAUUAUGGACGAAUUUCGCCAAAACUGCCAAUCCUACACCUCCCAAUAAUAGUCUAAAAACCGUAUGGAAGCCUAUCGAUGGAAAAGAUGUUAACUUCCUGGAUAUCGGUACAGAACUUACUCUACACAAAAAUCCAGAAUCGGAGAGAAUGGAUGUGUGGAAAGAAAUAUUUCAGUUAUCGCCAAGUACAAGUUAUUAUUUGUAAUGUAAAUAAACGGGUACAUUCAUUAGGUAGAUAUGUACUAUGUAUGGAACUGUUUACUUUUUGAUUUCGGCAAGUGCUCAUUUUAAAUUAAUUAUUUUAUUAUGGUUUUUUCUUUAAAAAUUGACCUUGUACUUGACCAAUUUUAAAAUAUAUCUUAAUUGUUUUUAAUUAUUUUUUUUAAUUUGAGAUAAACAUUUUAAACUAAUUUAGGUAGAUAACGAGGUUGGUAACAAAACA